AUGAUUAAUUUUAUUGGUAAAUUUAUCUUAUAUUCUAUCAUUCUAUUUAAUACACAAUGCAUCGGAAAAAAAGUUAGCGUUGAGGUUCAUAUCAAAAAUGAUUGGGAAGAAAAAAGAGAAUUUAUUUAUUUAAAAAAUGUUGAAAAAAAUGAGCGUUUUGUAUUGAAGACAAUUGAAAAAUCGAAUAAUCGAUUUCGCAGUUCUAAUUAUAAUAUGGAGAGAUUUUUGCGUCCAUUUGAAUUAAACCAAAAUAAAAAUAUUUUUACUGUUGAAAUAAAUGAUAGAACUCAUACUCAAUGUUUUGUUCUAAAAGAGAGAGUCGUGCUUGAACUUGCCAAAAAUGAAAUUAUUUUACAUAUUAUACCAGGAUUUGAAAAACGGGUAUUUAUAUUUAUUUUUAUAUUUAUAUAUGUAUUAUCAUAUGCUACGAUUUCCUGUUUCCCGUUCACGUUUUUUCAAAAUUCCUUCUCUAAUUGAGAUUGC